GUCAAUGCAUCUCACCUUCAAAUGUCUUCGAUCGCACGUCCUCCCGACCCUUGUCUAAUAGCGAUUAUCCUCGUUGUCCAUUCGCGCGGCAGACCGCAUUUCGUCUUCCAUUACCCACCGAACCCACUUAGUGAGAAUGCCCUGAGAACCUCGCUCAAGAGCCGGCGCAGUUCGCGUCCAAAAGCCGGCCAGGGCCCCGUAGGCAGCGACUCUAGCUCCAGCAGUGAGAGCAGUUCCAGUUCCGACGACGAUGACGAAGAAGGCCACACAAGCACCAGCGCAUUGUCGGGGAAGGGCCUCGACGAACGAGAACGGACGGUCCUUGCUUCUUCGUCGUCUGGAGGCGGGGACUCCCAGCGCGCGGGAUCAUUAGGCUCCGGCCGGGGAUCUCUGAAGAAACGAAGCCUGAAUUCCGAUGUCGAUGACGAUCACGGUGCGCUGUCGGAUAAGCAAGGAGACGGGACUGGCGAAGGCAGUCGUCCACCUUGGGAGACGCUUCUUGGGUUACCGGCGGACGCGUGGGAGAAAUUCCUCAGUCCAUCUAGAGCAUGGCAUAAGCGGCGAUUUGAAGCUGGGAUUAACGAUUUGGCCUUUGUGGGAUGGCCGGUGUUUGUCCGUGAUGACGGCACAUGGAGGAAGCAGAAGCGGAAGAAGAAAAAUAAGCCUCGAGCUGAAUGGGAAGGAGGGGAGCUUGGCCAUAAUGAGAAUUCCCACAAUGUUCACCAUGACGAAGAUGAUGAGGAUGAUAGAGAUGGUAAUACGAUGGUUGCAUCAGCACUUCGUGAAGCUUUGGAUGCCGACAAGCAGGCAGCGGCAGAGGCUAGCAAGGCAUCGACUGGCCCUACAGACGACGACAAGGAUGCUAUGACCAUGUUCAAUAUUGUGUUUGUUCUUGAUCCUCCACUGCUGGAGUACUCCGUGCGCGUCAAGGAGAUAUACGACAAUAUCAUCAAGAAGUUCGCCAAAGCCUUGAAAUGGGAGCAGGCUCGCACAAACUACGUGUGGACAGAAACACAGCAGAUUCUGCAUAUCAAAGAGAAUGCGAAGGAAAAGAAGAGUUCUAUGAACCAGCUUUACUCGGAGCUCAUUGCGCGGUCAUCUUUGGCUAGAGCAAUCUAUACCGUUUUCUCCAGCAUAUCGGCGUCGAAGAUCGCCUCUGUUUCUCUCAAUCAACACGUAUCCAUCUCUCUUCAGAUCCCGCCUCUUACCUCAACAUCAUACCUCCCCGGUCCCACCGACAAGGCGUACCCUGGCCUUUGGCUCACGACUGCUGACAGCGUUUCUCCCUCAGACGAUUCGGGAGCAGACCCUAAUGCUGCUCCGCAUAAUGUGGUAGCGAAACACUUUGCCCUAUUACUCCUCGAUAACGAAGCGACUAUUCUGAAGGAUAUCGAGGCUUCCGGUGGCGCCCUUGCCCCUGCUCUGGCGCAUUACAUCCGAUGCUCGAAACCCACGAAGUCCUUUGCGCAGAUAUCUGUAUCGUCGAGUAUCCCGCUGCCGACGAUCCAGAUGCUGGCGAGCCAUCUCGUGUACUGGAGACGUGCGCGCGCUAUCCCCCCGAUUCGUCAACGGGACACUUACAUCGUAUCGCCGAAUUGCGAUCUGAGCAAACUUGAAGCCGCCACAGUUACGUACGGACUCGCUUUCCCAACGCUUCCUAGCUUACCGAAGAUGUUGUCCGCUCUUAGCGGGACCCCCAGGCCGUAUGGAAGCUUCAUUCCGAGCAAGGACCAUAAAGAAACGUACUUUGCGAUACUGGCUUGGCUGUUGAGGGGUGGAUGGGUUACCCAGCUUCGCAGCUUUGCCAGAGUCAAAGUGUCUCCUGAAAUCAAGAUAGCGGUGGAAAGGGCUCUGAGGCAAGAAGAGGCGGAGAAGUAUCUGGUUAAGAGCGAACAAGAGUCAACUUCAGAGGAUCAUUAUGGUAAUGAUAACGACAGCAAUGAUAAAUUUGGUGACUAUGAUGAUGCUAGUUCUUCUUCCUCUUCAUCUCUCGCAAGCCACGGGAGCGGCUACGAGGCUUCCGACUUGGACAAUCAGGGGCACGAGUCCGACGGUGAUCUGGAGCUUCGACGCAAACCGCCCCGUUCGUUAUUGGACAAAAAUGUUCUUCUGGACGUAUCCUCGCUGAUCCUUACCCCGCAUCGUGCAACGCCACUGGAGUCCCGAUGGCUUGACGAGAUCAUGUCUCGCUUCCCAGAUCACCCCCGGUCGUCGAACCCGGAGGCGCAGAGUGAAGCGGCCGAUGCAGAGGACGCGGGGCUUCACAACUCGCUAAAGAUAUACUGGCCAGCAUUCAUCAAGUAUUUCAACGGGACAGACGCAUUGGAGAAGAUUCCUGUGCGGGAGAAUAUAAAGCGGAAGGUUGUCUGGCAGGUCCUCACGCGCCUGGGAAUGGUGACAGGGCAGGCUGGUUCAAUUGAGCCAGACGCGAGGGAACAAGUUCUGGUUGGAGUUCGACACUGGUGAUGGUAGAGAUGAUGUAUGUACAUGUACAUUAGUAUUCAACACCAUUGUACUUCGUUCAUGAUUCCAGCCCUAGAUCCACUUUAGGUAUGCGUGCCUACCUGCCUAGGUGGUAAUAAUACAGGAGACCACGUGCGGCGGUUAUCAACCGGUUCGCAGCGGAAGCA